AUGGCGUCGCGCGCGACGGCGCGCGCGGCGGCGUCGCACGACGCGCGCGCGGCGACGCGGCGCGCGCGCGUCGGCGGUGCGGCGCGCGAAUCGGCGGCGCGGCGGCGCGCUUCGGGACGCGCGACGUCCGACGUCGACGGCGCUUCGGGACGCGCGACGUCCGACGUCGACGGCGCUUCGGGACGCGCGACGUCCGCGGACGCGUUCGAUCUCGGACAGGCGAUCGGGACGCUGGCGAGGGGCGAGCGAGGGGCGACGCUGCCGCCGGGACGCGUGGGCGCGCUCGGCGUGCGCGAGACGCUGGAGUACCUCGCGGACUCGAACGGCUUCGUGCGACGGCGCGUCGAGCGGUACGGACCGAUUUUUAAGACGGCUUUGUUUUUCAAGCCGGCGAUCGUGUUCGGAAGCCGAGAGGCGGUUCGAGAGUUUUUGAAAUUUGAAGGCGAGCUCCCCGCGGACGAGGCGCUGCCGGAGACGUUUCGCGAAUUGCACACCGAGUACGGGGCGCUGCGCAUGACGGGGAGCAGACACGCGGCGACGCGCGCGAAUUUCGGCAAGGUGCUGGGACGCGCGGCGCUGGAGAGUUACGCGCCGGCGAUCGGGGAAAGGACGAGGGAGUUUGUGGAAGACGUAGCGCGGCGAUCUGGGAAGGAGACGUCGUCGUUCAGGCCGGGCGCGGAGUGCGUGGAUUUCGCGCUCGAUUUGUUGUUUGAGCUCUUCCUCGGUCACGUGCCCGAGGCAAAGUACAAAGACGCGAUGAAAGCGUACAACGGAGGAUUACUUUCGCUCGGAAAAUGGUCGUCGGAGUUUAAGGCUGGAAAACUGGCGCUGGAGGAUUUGACGUCGUACGUCGAGGCGCAUUACAGAGGCGUCAAAGCGCGCGGCGAACUCGAUCGCCCAGAGUACUUCUUUUACAAGCAAUACUCGCAAGCCGUGGACGAGUUCGACGAAGUGUUCAGCGACGAUCGCAUCGCGACGACGUGCGUGUUAAUGGUCUGGGGUUCGUACAUCGAAGCCGCCGCUCUCAUGGGACACGCAUGCGUUUUGCUGGGCGAGCACGACGACGCGCGGCGAGCCGUUUUGCGCGAGUUCGAGCGGGUGUGCUGCGACGAUGAAAACGGUUGUCGUCGCAUCGGUACUUUGGCGGACAUCAUGUCCAUGCAGUACACGUCCGCGGUGGCGAAGGAGUCGCUUAGAGUCAUGCCGCAGACGGCGGGCGGCUUGAGAGUGAACCCGUCGCCUCGCAAAUUCGCCUCGUUCGACGUACCCGCCGGUUACGUUUUGACCGCAGACCCACGCAUUCCAUUUCGCGACGAAGCCAACUUCCCCGACCCGGACGCGUUCAAGCCUGAACGUUUCGUUCCAGGGACGCACGAAGCGAAGCAAAACGACGUCUCUUCGGAAACGUAUUAUCCGGGCGGCAUGGGCCAGCACCAGUGUCCUGGGAUCUCUCUCGCGACGGUCAUGACGCAAAUAUUUCUCGCCGAACUCGUGUCCGCUUUCCCAAACGGGUGGCGAGGAAAGACGGCGCCGAAAUACGUUCAGGUUCCCAUAGUCAUCCUCGACAGAGAGUAUGAAAUCGAGUUUCUUCGCUGA